UAAUGGGGGAUGAAGUUCUGCUGCAUGGAACAUUUCAUGCGACAAUAUACGAGGUCGAUGGGGUUUCCAGGGGAAGCUGCUCCUCCUUCUUCCACAAGCACGUGGUUGAUCAAGAUUCGGGAUCUAGCCCGUGUUCUUUUGGUGAGGUUCAGUGCAGUUCUACUUCAAUAACUUGUUUUCUUACAUAUGACAUUAAUCAAUCCUCUGUUCCAUCGUCGGAAUUUGAAUAUGCAUAAAUAUAAGCCAGGUUGUUUCACCUAGCUAGUUUCUUAAGUCUGCAAGUUGAACGCUAGAUGCAUGGAUACGUCAGGCCCUUUGAAUGAUUGAGUAAUACAUCGUGUGCGGGGUUCUCGUCAUUAAGCCAACCCGGGCCCCCGUGGAAACUUAAAUCAAGAAAACUAUGAGGAAUCGACUCCUUGUAGUUGUAGGAUUUAUUUCAGCCAUUGCUAUAAUUACAUCGAUGAUGGAGAACCCAUUUUAUUUCUGCUGCCAGCAGCUGACAAAGAAGUUUGAGAAAUGUGUUGGGCUGGGAAAAGGAAUCUUCAGGCUUUAUACCGCGAUUGACUUGGGAAAAGCUCGAGUGUGCCGAACAAGGCUGAUCGAAAGUGCUCGCUGCAAUCCCCAAUGGAAUGAAUCGUUCCGAGUGUACUGCGCGCACAUGGCCUCUCACAUCACCUUCUCCAUCAAAGAGUUCGAUCAUGUGAGCACAAAAGUGGUUGGAACCGCAUCAAUCCCAAUAGGAGAUGAGCUUCUUUCAGGAAAAGAGGUUGAUAGGUGGCUCGAGAUCUCCAAGAGGAAGUCUCUUCACCACAGGUCGAAAAUCCACGUGAAACUGAGGUUUGAUAGUGUUGAUAGGGACCCGACCUGGUCCAAGGGAUUAGGAAAUUCGGCAUUUUCGGGAGUUCCGUACACAUUCUUUCUGCAAAGGGAUGGUUGCAGAGUCUCUCUUUAUCAAGACGCUCAUGUUCCUGAUGGGUUUACCCCGACAAUUUGUCUCCAGGGGGGGCAACAUCAUCAGCCUCAUCGAUGCUGGGAAGAUAUAUUCGAUGCAAUAUCUAAUGCCAGACACUUAAUUUAUAUAGCGGGCUGGUCUGUUUAUCCACCCAUCACCUUACUUAGGGAUCACUUACGGAGGAAAAAGCACGGGGAAAACCAGAAUGCAGCACUAACUUUAGGUGAGCUCCUUAAGAAGAAAGCCAGACAAGGUGUUAGGGUCCUCGUGCUUGUUUGGGACGACCGAACUUCCGUUAAGCUGCUAAAGAAGGAUGGAGUUAUGUCCACCCAUGAUGAAGACACAGAGAGUUACUUCCAUAACUCAGGGGUCCAAUGCGUGUUGUGUCCACGGAAUCCCGAUGGCGGGCAGAGCCUUGUGGAGGACAUUGAGAGCGCGACAAUGUUCACACAUCAUCAGAAGAUAGUAGUCGUGGAUGCUGAGGAUGUUCAUGGAGGUUCGGGGAAGAGAAGGAUUGUCAGCUUCAUCGGUGGCAUUGAUCUCUGUGAUGGGAGAUAUGAUACUCCCUCGCAUUCCAUUUUUAAAAGUUUGGGAUCAACUCAUAGCAAAGAUUUUCAUCAACCAAACUUCCAUGGAGCCUCAAUACACAAGGGUGGCCCCCGCGAACCUUGGCAUGAUGUCCAUUGCCGGCUCGAAGGGCCAGUAGCAUGGGAUGUGUUGGUCAAUUUCGAACAACGUUGGGGAAAACAAGGCCGGAAGGACAUGCUUCUUAAGUUGGACGAUCUCGAAAGUGUCUUCAUGAGCCAGUCAGAAAGUGCAUUCUCUGAAGACCCUGAGACAUGGAAAGUCCAAUUAUUUCGGUCGAUUGAUGGCGGGGCAGCCCUGGGGCUUCCGAGCACGGUUAGUGAAGCAACUCAACGCGGAUUAGUCCUUGAUCGAGGAGGAGUCAUCGAAAGAAGCAUCCAAGAUGCUUAUGUAAACGCCAUCCGACGAGCCAAAAAUUUCAUCUACAUUGAAAACCAAUACUUCCUCGGAAGCUCGUUUUGCUGGAAAAACUUGAAUGACCCUGAGAUCGAGGAUGCUGGUGCCAGGAAUCUGAUCCCGAAGGAGCUUUCCCUCAAGAUAGUGAGCAAGAUCGAUGCUGGAGAAAGAUUUGCUGUGUACAUCGUGAUUCCAAUGUGGCCCGAGGGAAUUCCUGAGAGUGGAUCGGUCCAAGCAAUACUGCAUUGGCAGAAAAGGACGAUGGAGAUGAUGUAUAGCGAUGUUGUUAAGGCCUUGAAAGGAAAGGGGAUCAAAACAGAUCCAAUGGACUAUUUGACAUUCUUCUGCUUGGGGAAUAGAGAAGCUCAUUCGAGUGGUGAGUAUGCCCCGGAGAAUAAACCGGAAGAUGGUACUGAUUACAAACGAGCUCAGGAAAAUCGACGGUUCAUGAUCUAUGUUCAUGCCAAGACAAUGAUCGUUGAUGAUGAAUACAUAAUCAUUGGAUCUGCCAACAUCAACCAGAGGUCGAUGGAUGGAGGCAGAGACACUGAGAUCGCGAUGGGAGGCCACCAGCAGCAUCAUCUGGCCAGUGAUGAUAACCCCGCGAGGGGACAGAUAUAUGGGUUACGGAAGGCCUUAUGGCACGAGCACAUCGGUGAGCUUCAUGACAUCUUCGAUGAACCCCAGAGCUUGGAAUGCAUCCGUAAGGUGAAUGAGAUAGCCUCCAGAAACUGGGAUCUAUAUACCUGCCAAAAAGCGGAAAGCGACCUGCCAAGUCACCUGCUUAAGUAUCCGGUGGCCGUUUCCGACAAUGGAGAGGUAGUGGAGUUUCCCGGAAUGGAAUUCUUUCCGGAUACUAAAGCGAAGGUCCUCGGAUCCAAAUCACACUUUCUCCCAGCCAUCCUCACUACUUAGAUGAAAUUCAGGAUCAUUGUAUAGUUCGAUUUUAGUUCCCGAUUCAUUCGUUGUUUCUUCAUCUAUCCAUAGCUAUACAUUGAAUUGAAUUUCUCCCUGUCGAUAUAGAUCCAACAUUUUUCUGUCCUUUAAGUUUACUAUUGAUGUCAAUGUAACUUAAACAAAUUGAGUACAAGGAUUAUAAGUUGGC